AUGAGUUCACGGCGAAUGGAAGCUCCGGGACUGAAGACGGUGUCGUUGGCAGAAAUAUGUCCCACAGCACCCCAAAGUCAGAUACUGUGCGGUUACCUUCCAUUCCAACAUCACCGAGGAGCACGAUUCGAUCUAUGGCCCCGUACGGGCGUUCAACGUGACGAGGCGGUUAAAAAGAUUCAGGCGAUAGAGUCCGAUAUUGAAACUGAUGCUGCACGUGGGAAGAAUGACGGCGAGUACGGUGACAGCAACCGGAACGACAAUGACAACGACUGCAUGAAGCUGCAACUAACUUCUUUGGCUGAUGCGGCGAGUACCCUAACCCUUUGGAUGGUAGACCGUAGAGGGGAUGUCAGGAGGAAGAGACAAAAGGAGCAGUUCCGAGAGGAAGAAGUCGAACCGUCGUAA